AUGUUGCGUUUCAUGCUACUCUCUCUAACUCUUAUCAGAUUCAUCAACCCAUCAAGCAUCCCCAAAACAGCAGCCACUCCACCAGCCAAGUACCAAAACUACAAAACGUUCGUGAAAACAGCAUGCAAUUCGACAACAUACCCUACAAUGUGCUACAACUCAUUGUCCUCCUACUCCUCUACCAUCAAGGCCGACCCAAUCAAACUCUGCACAACGUCGCUCAGCCUCAACGUCAAAGUCGCCAACAACGCCACAUCCACCGUCUCUAACCUUCUCAAAAAGGCCAAAUCGGCCUCCAGCCCCGAGGUCCCGAUCCUCAAGGACUGCCUCGAGGAGAUGAAGGACACCGUUGACGAGCUCAAGCAAGCGAUCACCGAGAUGAAGAAUCUCAGAGGCGGACGAAAAUCUGCUGAGGAAUGUCUGAAGAAUGUGAGGACUUGGGUGAGCUCGGCGUUGACAGACGAGGGCACGUGUACGGAUGAGUUCGAGGAAGGGAAAUUCAAUGUGGAAACGAAGAAGAAAGUGAAGAAGGUUGUUACUGAUCUUUCAAGGACUACAAGCAAUACUUUGGCCCUUGUUACUAAUUAUCCACGUUACUAA